AUGAGACAAAGAACUCAAAUAGAUUCCUUUCAAUCUAAUGGAGGAAUAUGGCUUGAUGAUAGGAAUAGUAUUGAGGAUGAACUGUUAAGACAUUUUUAUAGCAUGAGUAGGACUACCAAUCCUCCUAAACCUACUGAUUAUCUUAAUAAUCUAAAUGCUAGUAUUAGUGAGGCUGAUAAUGCUAUGUUAACUGCUACUCAUAAUGCUGAUGAGAAAACCAAAGCUCAUGAUGGUUGUGCAGCUGUCAAGCUAGACAUGUCAAAGGCUUUUGACGGGGUAAAAUGGGGUUUUCUUAUUGAUAAUCUCAGAAAGCUAGGUUUCUCUGAUGUGUGGUGUAACAUGAUUGAACAAUGUAUAUCUACUGUCACAACUUCCAUCUUGCUCAAUGGCUCUCUAGCUAGGACUAAAGAUGCUAGUAACUUAUCUUCAUUAAUUGAUCAUUUUAGUAAGUUCAGUGGCCAAGCUAUAAACUUUGAUAAAUCAGCCUUGGCUUUUAGUAUUAAAGUACCUAAUAAUGUGAAGAAUGAUAUAGCAAACAUCUUAAGAAUCAGGAAAACGUCUCUGAAUGAAAAAUAUCUAGGUGUACCUCUUUUGCUGCAGAAGAGGAAAUAUGGUUCCUUUGUUCAUCUUCUAGAUAAUUUUAGAGAUAGACUUGAUAUCUGGCAAGCCAUUUUCUUAGUUGGUCCUGGGAAAACAAUAAUAACUCAAUUUGUCUUAGGUAGUCUAGCUAGCCAUCAUUUAGAUGUUUUCCCAAUGCCUAGAGAGCUCACUAAAAAAAUGGAAAAUAUUCAAAUGAGAUUUUGGUGGGGUAAAAAAGAAAAUGAAAAAGGUUAUUUUAUGAAGGGUUGGGAUGAUAUAGCUCUUCCUAAGGAACUAGGAGGCCUUAGUAUUAGAAGAACAGAUCUUUUGAACCUUGCUUUGCUUACCAAGCUUGCUUGGAGAAUGAUUAAUAACCCUGAGGAGCCUUGGGAUGUUAUUUUAAGAGAAAAAUACUUUUCUGUAUGUAAUCCUCUUACUUACAUUGUGAAUAAACAUGGCUCCUGGAUUUGGCAGGGCAUAUGCACAUGUCUAAGUGUUGUUAGGAAACAUUAUGUAUUGGAGACUGGGGAUGGAAAGUCUGUGAAAAUUUGGAAAUAUACUUGGAUUCUAAACAUGCACGGACCUCCAUCUCAUCUCAAUUACUCUUCUGGUAUGACUCAUGUCAGUCAACUAAUUGAUGAUGAGCAAAAAUCUUGGAAAACUGAUGUUUUUACAACCUUAUUUGAUAGUAACAUUGUGAAAGAAAUUACUAACAUAAGAAUUCCUUUUUCAGGUAAGGAUAAAUUAAAAUGGGAACCCUCUCGCAAUGGAAACUUUACUAUCAAAUCAUCCUACAAUGCUACUCUGAAUGAAAACUUAGUAACCAAACCUACUAAGAACAAUCUGAAUAUCUAUUGGAAAGCUUUUUGGAAGCGUAAACUUCCACCUAGGGCCUAUCAGAGGAUAUUGAAUCCUCCAACUGUUAAUCACUGGAUUCCUCCAGUAACUGAUAUAUGCAAGAUAAAUUUUGAUGCCUCUUUUAUUGAAAACAACACAUUGUCAGGAUGGGGUUUAAUCUGUAGGGAUUUUGCAGGGAAUAACAAUGGACUGCGAGAAGGUGCAUGUAUAGCAACGGAUCCUGAGAAAGAUGAAGCAAUAUCAUUACUUGAAGUUGUCUUAUGGACGAAAAUAAAUGGAUGGAAGAAGAUACAUUUGGAGGGAGACUGUUCAAAUGUGAUUCAUGCAAUAAAUGGAAGGUCCUGUGCAGUAAAAUGGACUUCCCUUAAUGUAGUAAAUGAUGCUUUGUCAAUUUUAAAGACUUUUGAUUCUUGGAGCUGCACCUACGCUCAUAGAGAUGCUAACCAUUUAGAUGAUUCUUUAGAAAAGUUUACAAGAGCUCAUAGUAUUUGUUUCAGUUGGUUUAAUAACAUGCAUGUCUGGGUAGAAACUCUACUCCAGCAGGAUAAAAACAAUAUGUAA